GAGAAACGUCACAGCUUCACCCACAACGAUCAGAAGGUCUUCGAAUGGGAUCAAACGCUUGAAGAGUUGAACAUUUACAUCAAUCUCCCGGAGAAUGUUCCUAAGAAGCUAUUCUAUUGCACCAUAAAGUCCAAACAUUUGGAAGUUGGGAUUAAAGGCAACCCUCCUUACCUUAGCCAUGAUCUUUCCAAUCAUGUGAAGACCGAUUGUUCAUUCUGGACUUUAGAGGAUGAUAUAAUGCAUGUAACCCUUCAGAAGAGGGAUAAAGGACAGACAUGGCCUUCUCCUAUCAUGGGUCAAGGUCAGUUGGAUCCCUAUGCCACAGACAUCGAACAGAAGCGCCUCAUGCUUCAAAGAUUCCAAGAAGAGAAUCCCGGCUUUGAUUUUUCACAAGCUCAGUUCAGUGGCAAUUGCCCUGAUCCCAAGACCUUCAUGGGUGGGAUCCGAUCGACUUAAUCUUGAUAACUUCAGACAUCUGCAGCUUCGGGACCUCAUCAAUUAUUCGCUCUUUCUUCUGAACCACUGUCAUACUAUGCGAGAAUGAUAGUGCUUCAUCGAAUUUUCAUUUCGGUGGUUGAUCAAAUCGAUGAUAUUGAUUAUUUUUUCUUAGUGGUUGGUCAAAUUGAGGAUUACGGUGAACCGGUUUAUAUUAUGCAUUUUCUAUCACAAAGUAGUUUUGAUUAUUAAUUUAGUAACAUGAGCUUUUAUGUUGAUAGAACAAUCUACAUUUCUACGGAGUUGGUGAAUUGUUAUGUCCUUUGGAACUAGUUAGUUCUAUGUCUCAUUGUCUCAGCUUUAAUUAUCUGAAUUGCUUUAGAGAAAUGGUUACAAAACUACAAUAAAGCACUAUUUAAAUUUAAAUAGUGAACGAGAACUUAUUUUGG